AUGAUAUACAAGCAUAACGCUUGUACCCAAGAAGAUCUUGCCAAGCGCCUUGACCCAUUCUAUCUACCUAAUCUCUUUGAUGGGUUAGAAGAUAGUAAAUACGGAUGUCUUGCUGAUGAUGUUAGGAGACUUUGUAAGCUAAAACGUGACUAUUUGAGAGGUUCUAUCUCGCUGGAAGAUAUCGAAGCUAGAGCAGAGAAAAAACCAGCCAAAUCUGCUAAUAUUACUAUCAUCGAACCAACCAAGUCUGCUAGUAUUACUAUCAUCGAACCAACCAAGUCUACUAAUAUUAUUAUCAUCGAUUCAGAUGAUGAGAUGCCUCAAGACUCAGUUAUUCCUCUAGAUGAUAGAAGAUCGAAGAAGCUCAAGGAAGUGAUUGUUGUGGAUGACGAUGAACCUUGGUUCUCUGGUUAUGAUAAGUUGACUAAAGGCUCGGCUUCUACUAGCAAUGCUCUUCGAAACAGUUCUUAUGGAAAUAGCUCAGGAUGUCUUCAAGAAGGUUGUGUUGGGGAGGGUUCAACGAGGAAUUCUACUGUUAAUGACAAUCAAACUCCCAUGGAUAUAGAUGCAAAAGAAGAAGAACAUUAGAGGCAGAUGGCUUUUG